AAACUGAGCUGCAGCAUCAUGCUUCCUCCAGAGUUCCUUUUCCCAGAAUGGAAGGGCUGAAGCUUUUUGUGUCGCUUGCUUUCUUCUCCCCAAACUGCCUUUGAGUUAUCUUUGUCCAACAUAAUUUCUGCAAAGGAGGAGGAAAACAGACACGGCAGAGGACAUUUGCAUUUGAAAAGAGAGUGAUUAAAAUGACAAACCCUUCUUCGUUCUGAAGAGAAGCUGUUCUUCCUUCACACAGGCCAMCAGAUGGUUGAGGGGACUGCAGCCCACCUAUGGAAGAGCUGGAUAGCUUUCUGCCUGCUGGCUGCAGGCAUGACGUUAACGCCUGAAACCCUCAGGCUGUGCCCACCAACGUGCCGCUGCGACGCCCCCASCCUGGAGGUGAACUGCUCUGGUGUUCGGCUCGCCGCCGUACCCGCCGGGCUCCCCUUUGACUCGAAGCUGCUGAACCUAACUCACAACACGAUCAAGACKCUUGUGAAUCAGCAGUUCCGCAAUCUAACGCGGCUGCUGCACCUCGAUUUGAGUGACAAUCUCUUGACGUUGGUCGAAGUGGAGGCCUUCCUCGGCCUGCGAAACCUGCUGACGCUGCGYCUGCCUCGCAAUCGCCUCAAGGUCAUCUCAGUGGGAGUGUUUGCUGACCUGAGCGCCUUGCAGUUGUUGGACAUAAGCAGCAAUMAGAUUCUUGUGCUGCUCGAUUUCACUUUCAGGGACUUGGCGUCGCUGGAGUUUUUCGCAGCAGAUGGCAACGACUUGGUUUUUAUUUCUCGGCAAGCUUUCUCCGGGCUGACCGGUUUGAAAAAGCUGGACCUUGACGGCCGUAACCUCACUGCUGUGCCAACGGAGUCACUCGCUCAGCUGAGCGAGCUGAGAAGCCUUCAUCUUCACCAGCUGGGCCUCGCCACACUGCCAAACUACUCCUUCCAUCCCCUGGUGCACCUAAAGGAACUUGUCAUUUCRCACUUCUCCAGGCUGGAGUCUCUAGCAGGGAACAGUCUCUUUGGCCUCAAUCUUACAUCGUUAACCAUCGAACACUGCAACCUCAGUGACGUACCUUACGUUCCUUUACAACCCCUGGUGUACCUCGUGUACCUCGAYCUUUCUUUUAACCCAAUCACCUGCAUUCAAGGGAACCUGCUCGGAGAUUUGCUCCGACUUCAAGAGUUUCGGCUCAUCGGGGGAUCGUUAAUACGCGUCGAGAGUGGCGCGUUCAAGGGUUUGGCGUAUUUAAAAGUGUUAAACGUGUCCAAAAACCUUCUCCCUACACUUGAGGUAGGAGCUUUUCAUUCAGUCGACACGCUGACAACCUUGGGGCUCGACGGCAACCCGUUAGCGUGUGACUGCCGUUUGCUUUGGGUGGUACAAAAGCGGCUGUUUAUGGACUUUGAUGGCCGUCAACCGACUUGCGCUACCUCCGUUCAGCUGCAGGGCUGGAAUUUUUUAGACUUCUCCGAGGACGAGCUCUCGAACCUCCUCACCUGUCGGCGGCCUCGAAUUCUGAACCGCAAAUCCCAACAAGUGAAAAYGGAUCAAGGGCACACGAUGGUGUUUUACUGCAGCGCAGAAGGUGACCCUCAGCCAUCUGUCAGCUGGCUUAAUCCUCAGCUAAGGCAUAUUUCAGCCACAGGUAGAAUACGAGCUCUGUCCAACGGUUCUCUGGAGGUCCGCUAUGCUCAGCCUCUCGAUAGUGGUACUUAUAUUUGUGUGGCGUCAAACGCAGCAGGAAAUGAUAGCCUGUCUGUCAGCCUUCRCGUCCAAGCCCUCCCAUCAACUUCCAAAAACCUUUUUAGUCCUAAAGGACGGCCUGCUUCUCCGUCUGCUUCUCCAGGGGAGACUCAGAAACUCACGUUCGACGUGAAGACGUUGCUCAUCGCAGCGACGAUUGGGUUUUUCUCCUUCUUCAGCUCGGUGACGGUUUGCUUCGUUUUCAUGUUCUUCUGGAGCAAAGGCAAAGGGCAAAUCAAGCACACGGCCACGAUCGCGUACGUGCCACGAAGCGCCGUGUCAAACAAUAAUGCAAGGACAGGAAACUAUAAGGAGACCGGCAGGUUCACCAUGAAGCUUAUAUGACUCAACUUGCAAAAGCAUAAUUUUAGAUCCUGUGGUUUAGGAGCGAAUGAACUGAACUUUAUGAAUCCGACUCGCAGAGUGUGACUUUCGGUCAUUUACAUAAAAAUGAGCAUGUUCCAGUAAUUGUAAGGACUUAAAAGGACAUUCAAAAGAAUGUUUUGAAAGAGUUUGUUUUCAUCUUAGACACUUUUUAAAGACACGAUCGACACUUUAACAAAUGGAAUGCACAAUAACCUAACUGCACGUGAUUUAUGUAAUAAGUGAAAUGCUUAAUAAAUCAAAACUGCUUAUAUUCCUCAUGUUUGUGUGUAUAAGCUGAUUAGACAUGCCUGCUUGACUAUUUUCAUGGUUUGCUUCAUAAGUGGUCUCCAAAGUACAAAUGACAUAACAGAAAAUGUAAUUACUGCGCUGUUAUAGACCUCAGUGAAGUUCAGCAAAAGGAAUGAUAACUAUAUUUAGCCUUUUGUAGAUUACAUAACAGCUAUUAUUUAUCAGUCAUUGUUAUUUUUCAGGGAUAUGUUAAUAGUGCUGUUUGCUAACACAUAAAAGUAAUAUUUUGUAAUGUUUCUAAAACAUAAAGUUUUUUCUUAAAAGUGGGUUAA